UUCCUUGAGAGCGCUCCAGCUAUGGCGUCGAGUGCCGCCGCGGCCAAUCCCGGGGUUUUCAGUGGCGUAAGGACGAUUCGAUCGUGGAAGCGCCACGGCGAGCGCUUCUUGCACAGGAAGCCGAGUAGGAAGGUGUGCGUGGUCCAGAUCGAGAGCAAAAAGAGGGAGCCGAGGCAAUUCUGGAUGUCCAGGGAUCGAUUGGCGCCAGAUCCAGCCAGAAAGUGUUGGUUUCCUUACAAGGACGAGUUUAACCUGGACGAGCAAACACGCAUCAGCAGCGAGAUGGUGAUCGGAACCUUGGAUCCCAUGUUUGCGGCCGAUCGCAAGCAAAAGUUUGAUCAGAUCAUCGCCAACAGGACGUUUUCGAUUUGUCCGGUGGUCGAAGGCUUGUUCGACAUUGGCAACAUCUGUGCCGUGUUUAGAACCGCCGAGGCAUUUGGACUCCAGUCGGUACAUGUGAUCGCUAACAGCGAUCAGAAAAGAUACAAAGAAGCUCGCAACAUAAGCAUGGGUGCCGAGAAAUGGCUGGAUGUUGAAGUGUGGGAGAACACAAACGAGUGUGUACAAGUGUUACGGAAGCGAGGAUAUCGGAUUGCUGUGACUGACAUGGGGGCGGACACGGUACCUAUACACGAGCUGGACUGGACGAUUCCAACAGCAGUGAUCUUUGGAAACGAGCACAAUGGAACAAGCGAAGAAGCUCUUGCAUUGGCGGAUGUGAAGUGCCAUAUUCCGAUGGUAGGAAUGGUCGACUCAUUUAACGUCUCUGUUGCGGCGGGGAUCCUCAUGUAUCACGUCGUGGGCGACCGGCUUGAAAGAACUGGAAUUCACGGCGAUUUGAGCUCCGAGGAGCAGCAAAUCCUUCGUGCCGAGUUCUACCUUCGAAACAAGCGCAACGUGAAGGAUGUGGUGAACCACCUGCUUAAGAAAGAGCUCGUCUUGACUUAACACAUCCGAAAGGGAUGCCAAUUCAUUCAGGGAAAACAGUGAAUACAAAACAAAAUGGAAACUUUGCUCAA